UCUUAUUGCAACCUGAAGAAAUCGCUCGUGGACUAUAAACCAUUGCCAGGGACAAAUGUGUCCGCAGCAAACAUUCUUCUGAUUGGUCAAAUUGGCGCGGGAAAGUCCAGCUUUUUCAACUCGGUCAACUCCAUUUUUCGCGGGAAAAUUACAAGUAAAGCCUCCAGUGGGAGCUUUGAACACAGUGUGACGACAGCGUUUAGAAAAUACAAAAUCAAAGACUUUACCUCAGGGAAAUUCCUUAACUUUCGUCUGUGUGACACACGAGGAUUUGAGGACGAAUUUGAAAUGGAUGUACAAGAAAUUGCUUUUAUCCUGGAUGGUAAUAUUCCGGAUCAGUACCAGUUCAAUCCAAUGGUUCCAAUGUCAUCAGAUAGUCCUAAAUUUAUAAAUGACCCGAAUCUACAGGAUAAAAUUCACUGUGUAGCCAUUGUGGUAGAUGGAAGUACCAUCGACGUCAUGCCUGAAAAAGUCCGUAAACAGAUAAAAGAUCUGCAAAUCAUCUUAAAUCAGAGAAACAUGCCACAAGUCGUCCUGCUGACCAAACUAGACAAUAUAUGCCCGGAUGUGGAGGAGGAUAUCUCAAACACGUUUACAAGUACAACUAUUGCUAAAGCUAUUAAGAAAGUGGGAGAAAUUAUGGGACUUCCACGUGGUCACAUCUUCCCGGUAAAAAACUUCGAAAAAGAGACCAAACUGAAUAUUGGUGCUGGUAUUCUUUUGAUGAACGCUGUACAACAGUGUCUUGACUUUGCGGAUGAUUUCAUGGAUGGGCAGCUUGAUAAAAUGGAUGCCGAGGGUAAAAGGACAAGAGAAAAGACUGGAUACUUGUGUACUUUGUCUUAAUGGCAAUGUGUUCUUUAUGAUUUAAAUUAUAGAUAUAAAACGGAUAAUUAUUAUCAAAAUAAUCAGCAUUUUAAUGCUCUUGUGAAGAAACUGACGGUUUUAAAUGCCUUCUUAUAAAUCAGAGUAACAAAUUCCUGAACUACGACAAAUGUAAAAUUUUGUUACUGCCAAUCUACUUAAGCUAUCAUUAGUCAUUAAAUGGUUGUUAGGGAAUGUAGUUUUAAAUUUUUCUUUUUGAUUUUAUUUUUUGGAAAAACUACUGUUAAGCAGAAAAGAUUGAUGUCAAAAUGAUUGGUGUAACACAAACGCUUUUUAUUGUUCAUAAACAUGUAAAGUCUGGUUUAAUAUCCAUCAUUGCAGCCCGGUGGACCGGGCUGCUCCAUACAUAUAAGUUUAAGUGUUGGUGUAUGGGGAUUGAGGUGGGAGAAGUUAUUCAGAAUUAAAGGUUUUCUUAACAUUAAAAAGACUGUAAAUCACAAUGUUUUUUCCCUUUAUAAAUUACGAUAUACAUAAUACAUUUACUUCCAUGAAUUUGUAAAAUAUAUAGGUUUUUGAUAUUAAAUAUAUAAAAUUGCGUACCCCUUUUUUAUCGAAAAAACGAAAGGUCCCUUUUGUAGAACAUCGAAUUUUACUUAUCGCAUAAAAACGUACUCUACACAGUUCAUGUUUUAUAUUGAUUUCUUAAAGUGAAAUACAUUUUUGAAAAUGGGUGACGCAUGAGUCUGGUUUCAAUUUAUAUUUCAUGCAGCCAAUAUUUACUUGAGAAAUUGAUAAUUAAUCGUUUUUUUUCGAUUUUUAUCCGACUAUAAGUUUUCAAAAUAUUCUCGACUAUCGUCUCCAUCACUUGGAAGGAUGCCUUUUUCACACAUAUUGAAGCGGA